CUGCAGCAGCUGCAGAGCUUCAGCCUCAGCUUUAGCUCAGCUCGACUCGACUCAGCUCGCUGCUCUUCUUCUUCCUCCUGGCACACACAGCAUCGCGUCGCUUCAGCAGCACAGAGCGGAGCCUCGUUUCCCCUGAGAGUUUAUGCCUCCGCAUGAGCAGAUGUGUGCGGGGCCAUUGCUUCUCCUCCCCUCGCCAACCCUUUGUGGUUCCUCUCUGAAGAGAAUCGCUGGGUCUGCUGUGGCUGGUGUGUAUAUGGAGGAAACUGCCUUGCCUGACCACACCACCUGGUUUAACCUGUACAUCUAGUUCCCAUGAUGCUUGGAUUGCAGGGAAACACUUCGUCCCCCAAAGUUUACCGCUGUGUGGCGUGUUCAGCCACCUUUACUGGACUGGCUUCCUUGCUCGUCCACCAGGCAACACAUGCGAACGCAGUCACCAAGGUCCCCACCACCUCUCCACAACCAGUCAUCAGCCCACACGAAACACUGUUUGCAAGUAUGGACUCAUCCGUUGAGCACAACAGUCCACCAUCAUUCUUGACUGAGAGCUCUUCACCAUCUUUUUACAUUUGUGAUUGUGGAAAGGAGUUUCAGGACUUCAGUCUUAUGCUGGAGCACAAGAGUUCACAUGUUUCCCAGAUUCGGCUGCUACAGCCUCAGGAUGAUAAUAUUGAUUUCUCGAGUGGAACAGGUUGUGAUAAAUUUUUUCCCACCCAGCAUGUGUCCUUAAGUCCUACUGUAACCCAGCCUGGUGUAGACCUUUGUUGCCCCUCUACCUCAAGAUCCCCACCUGUCAAAUCAUCCACAUUAACAGAUCAUAAAGCAGAUGUGACCCCUGGGGAAGAAGUUGCCAUUGUUACCACUUCACAAUGUACAUCCCAACAGGAAGAUGUUAAGAAACUAGACAUGUCACCCACAACAGAGACAUUUCCAGAGACUGUAGAAGAUGAAUAUUUUAAGGAUAAAACAAUUUCUGUCCCCAGCAAUGAAAAAGGUACAAAUUUGCCAAAAACUAACUCUAUAAUGAAGUUGCUAGCAUCAGCAUACAUGAAAUGUUCUUCGCCUAGUCAGCCUGAAAAUAAUAGUGAUAGCAUAGUCACUCCAAAACAAGAAGUUGUCCCGGUUGACAUAACACCAGGACCAAAACCUGAGGUAUCGCCAGUCAACGAUCUCUCUGUUGCGCAAAUGAGGCGACUGCUUUCAAAACCUGGUAUAAAAACAAAAGCUCCGUCUAUCAGCAAAAUUCUCGAGUCCAGUAAGAAGAGAGUUGUCUCUCUGACCAAGACUUUCUCACCUGUUGUGGUUCUUGAAACCCGUCAAAGGCUGAUGGAUCCUGUGGGUAACGGUGUUUAUGGGAGAUACCAAUGUGGUCGCUGUCGUAGAGUCUUUCCACAUUUGGAUAGGCUGACGGAGCAUCAUUUUUUGCACAAGAAAGAGAGGAUUAAGUGUUGUCGUCACUGCAAACAGCUGAUCAUUGGGCGAGUACCUUUACCAGACAGUCAUACUUGUCCCCAGUUAGGAAACAGGGCCAUACAACCCAUGCGUUCUUGUCAAAAGAAAUUACCAUUUGGUCAAAAAAUAGUGCCGUUCCAUGGUCUCAGUAGCACAAAAAAAGUUUACUUUUGUCCAUUGUGCAAGCACAGCUAUGCACGAAGGUGGAACCUCAAAAUGCACAAGUGUCUUGGCCCAGGGUCAGCCCUCACCCAGCAAGCCCAUCCCCCUAUUCAGAAUAGGUUAAUAUUGACAUCAAACAGUACUGUCAAAACAGAAACACAACACACCGCUGAAUCCCAUUUUGUUAAGAGUGUUGCUGUGGGCACUGAAGUUAGUGGUCAUAUAAAGGUUGAGUUGAUGUCUCAAAAUUCAGACCAGCCUGCAGCGUCAAAAUUGGCCUGGAAUCAUCCCUCAAAAACGUUUUCACCGUUCGACCCCAAACCAAUGAUGGAGCACAACAAAGAUGCCUCUGUGUGUGGGGUUUCACCCCAGCAAGGAGAAGAAUACAGCUGGAAUGUAGCAGCGGUUGAUGGUGGUGAAGGACAGUGGACAAUGCCCUUGGAUGAUGAAAUGGAGGUGUUCAAUUCUGCAGGAAAAGCUGUUGAAGGAGGAGAGGUGAGGACAUCUGCGUCGCUGCAACAAGCUGAGACGACGUCAGCUAGCUUGCGUUACUUUGUCAGAGAUGGAGUAAAAUGGUACCCUUGCAACAGGUGUCAGAAAACCUACAGUCAAGCAUCUACUUUGAGGCGUCAUCUCCGGCUAUGUGGAUUCAGGCCAUGUGCCCCUGGGACUGCAGCGCAGGAUGCCAUUCCGCUAAAUGCAAACCAUAUGAAACCAGUGUUUGCUUGUUUUGUUUGUGGGAAAACCUUUAACCGCAAAGAUAACAUGACGGUUCACAGCAAGAAAUGCCAGUUGCGACAAUCAAUGUCUGAUGUGGACAGAAGAACCAUGCAGCAGAGUGAGUCAGUUAGUGCAACAGAUGGCCUAACGCAGGAGGAUGAUGGAGGUCACUGGGGUAUCAUGUCAUUGCCCUCCGUACUGCCAAGGAGGGUGACGUGUGAGUGUGGGGUUGGAUUCACAUCUCCAAAGCUUCUCCUAGAGCAUCUGCAGAAACAUGCCCAGGAAUCCUAUACAUGUCCCACUUGUGGAGAGACUGUUAGUUCCUGGGCAGACUAUGAAGUUCAUCUGCAGAUACACAUGCAUCCUCAUCAUCAGCUGCUGAAGGGACUACAACCCUCACAACCGCUGCUCCUUCGAUUUCAGCAACAGCCGCCUCAGCAGCAGCAGCCACCUCCGUCAGCGCAGCAGCCCACAAAGCAGCCACGCACAGAACAGUUUCCAAAUUCCACCAGGAAAAAGCAGCGGAUUGUGUGCACAAGGUGUGGCAACACCUUUGCUUCUCGCUGCUCCCUUCGAAGGCACGUUUCCUGGAAUCGUUGCAAAGGACCACGUAUUGCCAGUGUACCCACAAAUCCACCAAAGACCCACCACUGUUCCCAGUGCAACUCCGAUUUUCCAAACUCUAUCAGUCUUACGUUUCACCAGAGGAGCGGGACUUGCAAGCCUGCCGUGAAGCCUGUGCGUUGCCCUGUUUGUCUUCGCUGGUUUAGCACGGUGGAUGGUUUGCAGAAACACCUGCUGACACACAAACGACCUGAAGCCCAUCGCUGUGAUAUCUGCCAAGGUACAUACGCAAACAUUAAAUCGCUCAAAACCCAUCGCAGGAAGAUUCAUCGCAUUAUGGCAGGAGAUAAACGACAAACACAACAGGUCACUUCCUAAUGACACUAAUGGAUGUCUGAUGUGGUAUAGUACAUUCUGGACAGUUUUUCUCAUAGUAUAGUGUAAUAAUUGAUAGGGUUUUCUUUCCAUAUUUGCCAGUUGUACUUCUUUUUAGCUUUCCUGGAGACAGUACAGCUACAAAUGAUGUUUUUUCAAACUCUUGAGUAUCAUUAUUAGCUUGCAACUGUAAAAUUAAAGCUUUGAUACACUGUACAUUUUAGGUCGGUCAAAUUAAUCCUUGUAGUACAAAUUUUCAUUGGCUUGUAAAUGUUUGCAGAUUUGUUAUUCAAACUUUUAUCACAUAGUCACAUUGUGACAUCUUGUUUGUUUUCCCGUGUUAAUAAACAUACUACUAUGUGAA